AUGUCCUCCGAGGACGUGCCGCCUCCCGCGCCGGAUUCCGGCGCCGGCGACGCGGGAGCCCCCGCGGGAGAAAUCCUCGAGGAGGCGCAUGGGCAAACCCACCAUGAGCCGGCGACCGUGACCUUCGCCGACGACGAUAUGACCGAGCGGCGGCGCGCGCUCGAGGUGCAGUCCGAGUCGAACCUCGCGGACGCCGCCAUGGACGCGCUCUUCGUCAAGCAGCGUCAGUCCGAGGGCGGUCUCAGAAGCUGGAAGGCGAUGCGCUCGAGGGCGGUCAGGAGGCAGCUCCUGCAGAUGUCGCGCGCGACCUCCAGCCGCCUGACGAACGUGAGGAAGAUGCAGACGCCGUCGGUGAACGCGGUGAUGCCCCACAUGAUCGCCCCCGAUGACAUAGACCCCGGCCUCGGCGUCGAGCCGCCGCCGACGUCGCGCGACCCAUCGACGGACGCGCUCGCGGCGGGAGCGCCUCCGGGUCAAUCCCUUGGCCCGAACGGAGCCUCGCCGGAUACCCAGCUUCCCCGCCCACUCGAGUCCCUCGACUCGACGGCGUCGCUGCGGCCGUCGCUGCGGCCGUCGCGAGAACCCAGCGAACGAAAGGUCGAAAACGUCGAGCUCGAACCCGAGACGGCGGCGGAGGAGAUCGACGAGAAGGAGGACAAGCUCGCGGCGUGGCUCCAGUGCUCGGGUCUUCACACCGUCGGCAAGUGGGUGCUAAACUACCGCAAGCACCCGUCGUGCUGGGCGGCGCUGUUGAUGCUCCACGGCGUCCCGGAGGUGAGCGGCAGGCUGCGCGCCAAGGUGGAGAACUACGCCAUCUACUCCGCGCUGUUCCUGUCCUGCACGAUAGCCGCGGUGAUGGACCCGCCGCCGGCGAUGGACUGCGAGCGCCGCGAAUUCGAAGGCGAUUACGAGAGAUACAGGUGCGAGGUGGCCAAGCGAGUGGCGGCGUACGCGCUCAUCGCGUCCAUCGCGAUGCACUUCCUGGCCAUCAUACUCGCGAUGGCUUUCGUCAACGCGCUGAACGAGUGCGCGCGAGAGAGCGACGUGUUCCGCGUGUUCGCCCGCGGCCAAGGUUUCCUCGCCACGUACAAGUGUCAAAAGGCGUUUCGGAUCGGUAGCGCGUGCACGAUGGUGGCGGUGGGCGCGGUGUCGCUGGAGAUGAUCGGAUGGGACGCCGUGGCGUUCGAGCUGCUGCUCGCGGCGUACGUGGUGCGCACGUUCACGCACACCUCGCACCUGCUGUUCAGCAACGGAAGCCUGGUGAACUACUGGCGGACGGAGCUGGGCGGGAAGCCCGACGAGGACGACCCUUACGACAUCCAACCCGCCGUGGAGGUGUUCAAGGAGCGGCUCAAGUACUCGCACGGAGUGCUCGGGGACCCUCUGGAGAGCGCCAAGACGUCCAUGGCGGGCUCGCAAACCUCCGACGGAAGGAGCGACGGGAGCGGCAAGGGAUCCAGGGGGAUCCUGGGGCGGCUUCGGAGCUCAAACAAAACGCCGCGGCUUCGCAUGGAUGGCAAGUCCGCGGAGGAGAGCGACUCUGGCGAGGAGGAAGCCAUCGACAGGCUGCGGAAGAACCUGAAGCGUGAGAAGAAAAAGGAGAAGAAGAAAAGCGGUUACGUCGACCACCACGGCAACCACCACGGCUCCAAGGCGGCCGCCAUCCUGUGA